AUGGAAAAGCAAGUCAAAACUAGUGAUAAAGGCAGCAGGCUUGCAGUAAUAAGCUCUCACUUGGUUACUCCUCAAAUCCCCAUGGCUGCUGCUUCUGAGAAGGAGGCUGCUCUUGCGGCCGUUCCCUCUGAUUCUCCCACCAUAUUUGACAAGAUCAUCAACAAGGAAAUACCAUCUAAGGUGGUUUUUGAGGACGAUAAGGUCCUUGCUUUUAGGGACAUUAAUCCCCAAGCUCCGACACACAUUUUGAUCAUUCCCAAAGUUAGAGAUGGCUUAACUGGACUCUCUAAGGCCGAGGAGAGACACACUGAAAUUCUUGGUCAGCUUCUCUACACUGCCAAGCUGAUUGCCAAGCAGGAAGGUCUUGAUGAUGGCUUCAGGAUUGUGAUUAAUGAUGGGCCAAAUGGAUGUGCGUAUUUAUUCUUUCUUUACUUUAAGCCAAUCCGUUUAUCACCUUCAUGUUCAUCUCCUUGGAGGACGUCAAUUGAACUGGCCUCCAGGCUAAUGCGGAGACGUGCUCGGAUGUUUUGCGAGAUUUCCACUGGAAGUCUGUAUUGGCAUGAAACUAGUAGUUUAUUGAUUGGAGAUCUCGAACCAGUUGUGAACUUGUGGUAG